GGCGGGCGGGCCGCCUGGGGCCGCGGGCAGUGCGGGAAUUUCGGACCGGGAGGAAGGAGCGGCGCGCGGCCCGCUCGCGCAGGAGAAAAUCUGGAGGAAUGAUCUUCCUCCAAGACAGUAAACUAUGUAUCACCUUGAAGAUUAAAAAAAAAAAAAAGAAAGAAAGGGAUGUAGAGAGGAGUUUCUUGAAGACAUUGUGGAUAAUGAUGUGGAUAAAGCUAGUCUUAAAAUUUAUGUGUAAGAUGUGUCUUGAUAAUAGGGAAGAAUGUUACUGUAUAGAAGUGGAAAUAUGGAAAAGUAAUGCAGAAUUAAAACAUCGUGUUUUGCAGUAAAAAAUGCCAAAUAAGAAAACAGCUGCAAAAAGAGCCCCUGCAAAAAGAAAACUUGCUGAAAUGUUUGGUCUGGGGGAGGUUCUAGCAGAUACAUCAAGAAAAGAAUGGAAAUUAGGUGACCCUGUAGGGCAGGGAGGCUUUGGACGCCUAUAUCUUGCUGACGUUAAUUCUUCAAAGUCGGUUGGCAGUGAUGCCCCUUAUGUUGCAAAAGUGGAACCCAGCCAGAAUGGACCUCUUUUUACUGAGUUAAAGUUCUACAUGCGAGCUGCUAAGCCAGAUGAAAUUCAGAAGUGGACUAAGUCACAUAAACUGAAAUAUUUAGGUGUACCAAGAUAUUGGGGUUCUGGCUUGCAUGAAAGAAAUGGAAACAGCUAUCGAUUUUUGAUAAUGGACCGAUUUGGCAGAGAUCUUCAGAAGAUGUAUGAAGAGAAUGCAAAGAAAUUUUCUCAUAAAACUGUACUACAACUAGGCCUGAGAAUACUUGAUAUUCUGGAGUAUGUCCAUGAGCAUGAAUAUGUGCAUGGAGACAUCAAGGCCGCAAACCUACUUCUGAGUUACAAGAACUCUAAUCAGGUGUACUUGGUGGAUUAUGGACUUGCCUACCGAUACUGUCCUGAAGGAGUUCACAAAGUAUAUAAAGAAGAUCCUAAAAGGUGCCAUGAUGGAACUAUUGAAUAUACCAGUAUUGAUGCACACAAGGGUGUGGCACCAUCGAGACGUGGUGAUCUGGAGAUCCUGGGUUACUGUAUGAUUCAUUGGCUUAGUGGCCAUCUACCAUGGGAAGAUAAUUUGAAAGAUCCAAAUUUUGUCAGAGACUCAAAAAUCAGAUGUAGAGAUAAUAUUUCCAUUUUGAUGGACAAAUGCUUUCCUGGGAAAAAUAAACCAGAUGAAUUGGCCAAAUAUAUGGAAAAGGUGAAGCUACUCAGCUAUGAAGAGAAACCUGUUUAUCAGCAUUUCCGAGAAAUACUUUUGCAAGGUCUCAAGGGCAUUGGACAAAAGGAUGAUGGCGUGCUUGACUUUGGCUUGGCAGAGAAUGGAGACUUUCCAAGAAAUCCUGUGCAAAAGAAAAGAAGAAAGGCUGCAGCUAGUGAGAGCAUUGAGGUGGAAAUGGGAGACACAGGAAGUCCAAAGAAAAAGAAAGCUGCUAUUUCUAAUGCAGUUGCUGCCAGAACCCAGAAGAUGACCUCACCAAAACCCAAGAAAAGCACAGCAACCAGAAAGAGAGUCCAGAAGUAAAUAAUAUAUGGAGCAACAAAUUAAGUUGCUCUGUGGCUCAUUUCUGGUUUGGUUGUGUUUUUUUUGUUGGUUUUUUGGGGGGGUUGUUUUUUUCUUUUUCUGUGGGGUUUUUUUGUAGCACUGGAAUCUUUUUCUUUCUAAAUGAUGAAUCCUAUAAAAACAUGGACUGCUGUUUGUACCUGUUUUUGAAGAAUAAAUGUUUUAUUGAAACAUUUGCAUAAUUUAUGUAUACUUAAAUACUAAUGCAAAAUUUUGCCAACUUUUGAAGUGGGGAUGCAUUUUUAUUCUUUAUAUACAUGAAUUCACGUCUUAAAGGCAAACUAAAAGAGUGCUUUUUUCCUGCUUCAUAAUGUAGAGAUAAAGCUUUAUUUAAUAGUUUCAUUAUGAAUACUGUAUAAGAAACAGCAGUGUUGCAUCUGAUUUCUCACAGUUUUGAGUAAAGUCAUGUUGGUGGUCACUUAAAUACACACUGAGAUGAAGUCUGAAAAAGCAGAAAUAGCUUUGAAAUAUGUUUCAAAUGUUUGAAUUAAAAACAGAACAUAAGGCAAAAAUCAUGUCCUUCCAUUCUGGUUACUAUAAAAUGCACAUAAUCAAUUCUUUGGAAGACAGGUACUAAAUUUUAGCCAUUUUUUGCAUAGUAUUUGUGUUUGUAGGAUUUUUCCAGUUAUUCAGUUUCUCUGGAAGGAAAGAGACCAGAAUUUCAGACCUAGGGCCCAGGGCAAAGAAAAGAACCAACUUAAAAACCAGUGCCUAUUCUCAAUCACCCCCUCAGGUUUUCUUUUUAUAUUAGUGAAAAGACUAGAAUAUAAUUGUGAGUAACUUUGUGCAGAGUCUAGUUCCAGUGUAAUAUUGUCUCAUAGCAAUAAUGGUUUACCUUUUUAAUACUUGAGGAGCAUGUAACCUUCCAAAGCCUUUUGUGAAAGUACUUCAUUGGUUAGCUUUGAGUCCUCUCUUUAGAGCUGUAAGUCAAAAAACAGUGUUGAAUUCCAAUGUGAAACAUUGCUACUUUUCAUAUAUCUACUGCAACAUACACAUAGUAAGGCAUGAACAUCAUUCUUAUCAGGGCAGCCAAAAGUUUGGUGAACCAAAAGGGAUCCAUAUGAGCCAGUGAGAGUGUAUUCGUGUGGAUGUCCAGCUUGCUUGAUUGUAUAAUGUCUGAGUAGCAAUUCAUGAGAUUAAAUAAAUAUGUUGUAGCACUGUUGAAUGAAUGAAUGAUGAGGUUAUGUUUUGUAACAAGGGAAUCCGUUGUUUUGAAAUAAAACUGGAGUACCAUAUUUUUAAGAGGUGCUUUCUCAUUUCUGUUGACUGUUAGGCUUGUUUUCCUGAGUAUUAGCAAAGUGUGGCUGACAACUUUAAGUGUAGCAUUCUCUUCAUUUCAGACGUAAAAAUAGGAUUGCUAAAGCCUCUCUCAAGUUUAAAACUCCUCAUAUCAAACUAUUAUUUUAAUGAUCUUGUUUAAUCAUUUUGUUCAGGAAGUAUGUAAUGCUGUUCUGAAUAGCUAUUGUCAGGAAGGCAUACUGUAUUCUCUUCCUUGUCACAUACUCAAAGUUAAUGUAAUUCUUUUGUACUUCAGUUGUUUG